AUGCGAUCUUAAGACAUAUACACAGAUUCCCAAUCUAAGAAUUUACUUGUUGUCGAUUAGAACAAUUAUUAGGAAGACAUCUAGUCAGAAAAAUCAAAUGUAGAAUCAGUUGCGGAAGAUGAUGAAGUGUCCUGCCUUAACGAAAGCCAAUGCUAGUCUUAGUCUUCUUCUGAUACAUCUUCUAUAAUAUUCAAUGAUCCAUACCAAAGUAAUCUGGAUUAAAAUAGAAAGUCCUAAAAUCACUAUUAACUAGGAGAGAUAACUCAAAACCUAUCUUAUUUAGAUCAAUACUGCAUUCAAGAGGAAGAGGAAGAUUAUCAGCAACAUACAAUCAUUGAAAAUAAUACCACCGACUCAACAAUUGGAGGUUAUUAUUGUGCAGCAGAUGGACUUUUUUAUGAGAACCCAAACACAGAUUUUUAGAACUGGGAUUUCCAUCCUAAUGAUCCAGAGGAACCGAGUCAAUUCAAUUACUCUGCUUCAAUUGAAUCUCUUAGAAUAACUUUAAACACAUACAUGAAGAAGUAACUUAAGACACCUUUUUAGGCAAAUUUUAAAAAAGCUGUAGUUCAAGUAAAUAAACUUAACAAUGUCGAUGGGGAUGUAACAUACUUUGAUGAUUUUUUAAGAAAUGAUAUUCUUGAUGAUAAUUCAAAGGAUAAACCAUAAUUAGAGAUUGAUUUUCAUCAAGUCCUGAACACUUAAUGCAGCAAAUUUCUUGGACGAAAAUAUAUAACAAAAAAGCAUAAUACUUGGUUGAAUCAGGCAAGAUUAGAAUAAUUUCAUAAGACUAGAGAUUUUAGAAAACUUUGUCGAAUUUACUUUCACAUUGAUCACUCAUAAACACUUAUGAAUGAAGGUGUUUACCCUUGUUUUGUCGUUACUAAUAAACUAGUCAUUCCUCCUAAGUCUAAAACCAAUAAUAAUCAGAAUGAAAAUGUGCAAACUUCACGCAAAUUGCUGAAUAAAUUAUAUAAGAAAAAGCUAAAAAAAUGA